AUGAACGAUUGGCAGCAGCAGCUUCCCUUAACAGAUACACAGAAAAAUGACCUCGAUAAAAGUGUAUUACGAUAUUUGAGUUGGAACUAUAAACGAACAAUACAACACAAGCAAGUACACGAUUAUGAGAGUGUUCGACGGGCCAUUGUAACGUUAUCAACGUUUCUUUUACAAGAACCUGUGGACCAGCAGGAAUUCAUCAACAGCGAUGAUACUGACAGCGGAAGUACGGUAAAAAUUGACGAAUUACUAUUGCCAAGGAAAUGGAAUUCCAUCGUCAGAUUGCAGCGGAAAAUCAUCGACUUGGAGCAAAACACGGAGACCCUCAUAUCCCAGAUAAACGAUUUGCACUCUCAAGUGUCAGAACUAUCACAAUUCAUGCCUCUUACAAGUAAUGGCACCCGCGCUCAAGACGUUUUGAGAUGGGUACCGAAGAAUUUACCAAGCCACUUAAUUAACGUCGAAUCAUCAGUCACAUCCAUCAAGUUGCACCCUAAUUUACCAGUAGUGUUUGUAGCCACGGAUCAUGGCAAAUUAUACGCAUUCGACCUAUUGAACUACUCCAUCCCUCUAGCGUCUUUACAAACCCAUACGAAGGCAAUUACUUCCAUCGAUGUAUUAUUUACCAAUUUCACAAACUCCAGCAAGAAAAACUAUUUGGUGAUAGUCACCGCAUCCAAGGAUUUGCAGAUCCAUGUUUUCAAAUGGGUUUCUGACGAAUGUAAAUUUCAAGAAAUUAGGUCUCUACUAGGCCAUGAACACAUUGUCUCCGCAGUGAAAAUUUGGCAGAAAAACAAUGACAUCCUUAUAGCGUCCUGUUCCAGGGAUCAGACUGUUAAGGUGUGGGACUUCCAUAACGGCUGGUCACUGAAAUCAUUUCAACCUCAUUCUCAGUGGGUUCGUUCCAUAGACGUUCUUGGGGACUAUAUCAUCUCCGGAUCCCAUGAUACGACGUUAAGACUGACACACUGGCCAUCAGGCAAUGGUCUCAGCGUGGGUACCGGCCACGAAUUUCCCAUAGAAAAGGUGAAAUUCAUUCAUUUUAUUGAGGGCCCAGCAAACACGAGAUUUAGAACUCCAUCAACCCCUCAAUACGAAAAUUGGGGGAUGCAGUAUUGCGUUUCGGCAUCAAGAGACAGAACGAUAAAAAUUUGGGAAAUACCUCUACCUAGGUUAAUGGCCCAUAGAGCGCCCAUACCGAAUCCUACAGAUUCCAAUUUUAGAUGUAUUCUUACGUUGAAGGGCCAUCUUUCAUGGGUUAGAGACGUUUGUAUUCGUGGUCAAUAUUUGUUUUCUUGCGGUGAUGAUAAAUCCGUUAGAUGUUGGGAUAUGAACACCGGGCAAUGCUUACAUUCUUGGAAAGAUUUGCAUUCAGGAUUUAUCAAUUGUUUGGACCUGGAUGUAGACUUCGAUCCUAAUGUUUUGCCAAGGCAAAUUAUGGUCACAGGAGGUUUAGAUUGUAAGUUUGGCGUCUUUAUGAGAUAA